ACCAGAAAAGAGGGCCGAAAAGUCUAGUGAACCUACGCUUUUAUUAUUCAUGUGCAUGGAGGGAAGCAGGCAGUGAUAAGGCAUAAUGAUCAUACAAGAAGAUUCGGGAUGCACUGAGAGGGUACACCUCAUCCUCACGUAUUCCUCUUUUCCUGCCCCUCUUUGCACAUCAUUUCAAGUCAUCAUGUACAGGUGCGAGGGAGCAUACAAUAAUGGUGAGAAAAUUGCAGAUUAAGGACUCAAUCAAUUUCCUUGAACCUCAGGCUGCAUUUUCGUUUCUGUUUGGGGACGACAGGUUCUUCAAAAAAUAUCACAGUGAAGUAAAUGGCGAUGAUGAUGCGGAAGCGAGCAACUGGAGUGAGGAUGGAACACGGGAAGUGAGAUAUACAACACCUCUCUCGGCAUCCAAUUUCAUAUUGAAGGUUGCAGGUACUGACAAACUAAAGGUUAGAGAAAAACAAGAGUACAAAAGAUGUGGCAAUUGCUUCACAAUCAUAUCCAAUCCCAUAAUAGACAUUCCCGGCGGGGAGCGGUUUGUUACAAGGGGAGAAUUGAUAUUAUCUCCUGGAGAAAAAGACCAAGGAUGUUUUCUUACUAUUAACAUUUCUUUGGAAUUCAAAAGCAAUGUUUGGGGUCUACAAGGUUCUGUGGAGGCCUUCAUGGAAGCUAUAGCGCGCAGGUCCUUUGUUACCUGGAUGAAGAUGGCAUCUAACUUCUGCAGAGAGCAAUUGAAUCUUUCCUCUGAGGGAUUACCAGAGUUGGAAAUAGAUGAGUAUUUCGAUGCUGAAGACAUAGAAAGACCUAGUUUCUUUGAUGGAAUUGAUGAGUCAAGAAGGGCUUCAUCACAAACUGGAAAUUUCCUUGCCAGCCUGUUUCGUGAAAAUGGUAGAGAUGCGGAGCCUGAUAUAACUCUCCAAACAUGGUUUAUAAGAUCAGUUUUGAGAGACCUUAAUAGGUUACAGAUAUCAGGUGAAGCAUCUCACACUCAUUUAGAGAAGAUGAAUGCCAUGCUGCAACGAAUGGAACAUGAUGUUUCUUACAUUAAAAUGUGUCUAAAUGAGAGACGUGGGCUUGUUUCACAAGGCACUACAUUGGGUCUUUUUGGAAUGGGUGUUGCAACGGGUAUGAUAUUUGCCCAUUUAUAUUUCAAGCAUAAACAACAUUCAUGAGCUUAUUUUUAAGUUAACUAAUUCAGCUAGCUAAUUUUAGAGUAAAUAUUUAUUUUCAUGUCCGUACAAGAUUGAAGCAAAUGAUAAUCAUUUAAAGAAAUCCAAAUUCUAUAUACGUUUGUUAACAUUGACAAAGGCUAUGAGAUGGUUGUGGUUAGUUAUAAGAUGCAGAGGUAUAAUGCUAAAAUUGGAUGGAGCACAAUUAGUUAUGAGACUUCAGCGUCUGUGAUGAUUCUAUUUGGUUUUGGAGGCAAAAGCAAACCAGUUCAAGACACUGAAGUCAAGUGAUUUAGGAGUUUCAAGAAAAAGGUGAAGCUGCACCUCAUCAUAUGAGGUAACUAUGUUGUACUGCAGUUAAAAAAGGAAAACACAUUUCUUUGGAUCUAUCUCUCCUGUAACCAAGCCUAUGAUGUGUUUGCUCCAAGAGUUGCUAACUUGUAUAGAAAGAUUUGUAACAGUAAGGAUAUGCUCAACUAAAAGUUUAAAAAUGUCCAUAUGUGGAUCAUUGAUUGCAUUGUUCAAUAUGUUUUUCGAAAGUUAUUAGUGAGUCUGUCAAUAGAAAAUUGUUCUAAGUGUUAAUCGUGAACUCGAAUGUUCUCGCUUCAAGAGGUUCGAGCAAUAUUUUAGCCGGGGUUGUAAAAAUAUAUACCAUGCAUUAGCUAAAAAUAUUUUAAAUAGCAAGAAAAUUAUAGGAUGUGUUCAAUCAUAUCCAUGUUUAGGAGUUCUCGGAGGUUCCAACUUCUGCAAGAACAAAACGGAUGUUGCCUUUUAUUUUCAGCAGAGAUGUGGAUGUCAUCUUCCUUUGCUAAGGUUUUAACCACCAGCUUGUAAGACAUUGUGUUUGUCAUCUUCUUUCUUAAGCCAAGUCUGGAUCAAUGGGAAAAAGGUAUGUAUUUGUACGUUAUUGUUAUCAUGGACUUUGCCAAGUUCCCAAAUCACCAGUCAUGAGUGUUCUGAGGGGAUACUUUGGAUUUUUUUUACCUUGGAAUCACUGAAGCACAUUGUUCAAGGAAUCUUUUAGUGUUUUGCAAUAUUCUGGAAUGCAAGCUUAUUAGACCUUACCUUGUGAUGGGAAAACAUUUACUUAAAUAUAACUUUCAAGGAAUCUUUUA